GACAAUUCAUUCGUAUCAAAAGAGAAGGAAUCAACUAUGAAAAAGGAAAAACAAGCCAUUGCAUCAUCAUCGCAAAGAAAGAGAAGAAGAAUAUUAAGAAGAAACGAGAAGCUAGUGUUUGCAUCAUCAUCUCAAAGAAAAAGUAGAAGAAGAAGAAGAAGAAGAAGAAGAAACGAGAAGGCAGUGUUUGCACCAUCAUCACUCCCAAACGAUGUUGUAGAGGAAAUUUUCUUACGACUUCCGGUGAAAGCCCUAAUCCGCCUAAAGUCUCUCUCGAAACAGUGGAGAUGGACGAUCGAGUCUCGCAGUUUUGAAGAGAGACACUUGGAGAUCGCCAAGCGUUCACACUUGGAUUACCCCAAGGUCAUGGUCAUCUCUGAAGAAUAUCCUUUCAAAGGGAGUAAAGGUAAGCUGCCUCGUCCAGACACAGACAUCGGCUUUAGUACAAUCUGUUUGGAAUCGGCUUCUGUUAUGUCCUCCACUCUUAUCACUUUCCCUCAAGGAUUUCUUUACUGGACGUAUGCUUCUGAAAGCUGUGAUGGACUUUUUUGCAUCCAUUCCGUCAGAACACUAGCCAUAUAUGUAGUUAAUCCGGCCACACGGUGGCUCCGACAACUUCCUCCGGCUAGGUUUCAGACUUCGAUGCUCAAAUUGAACCCCACUCCAGAAACUUGGAGUGACGUAAAGUCAGUCUGUUAUAUAGCUUUCGUUAAGGCCAUCGAUUACAAAUUGGUGUGGAUGUAUAAUUCAGAUGCUUCGAGUCCAAACGAGGAACUUACCAAAUGCGAGGUUUUUGAUUUUAGGGCAAACACUUGGCGGUACUUGACUUGCACUACAAGUUAUCGGUUAUUCUGUGACCAAGCGCCAACAUCUGCAAACGGGUCUAUUUAUUGGUUCACGGAACCAUACUAUGGCGAAAUCAAAGUAGUAGCUCUCGAUAUUCACACCGAAAAGUUUCGGGUGCUACCUAAGAUUAACCCGGCUAUUGCUAGUUCAGAUCCUAACCAUAUCGACAUGUGCACUUUGGAUAACGAUUUGUGCAUGUCGAAAAGAGAAGGAGAUACGAUGAUCCAACAUAUUUGGAGGUUGAAAUCAUCGGAAGACUCAUGGGAGAAGAUUUAUACCAUAGAUUUGCUUUCUUGUUCUUCUUCUUUAUCUGAGUUCCGCGAUGGAUUUAAUUGGACGCAAAAGGAUUUGGUUGAACCAUCCACACCGGUGGCGAUAUGCAAAAACAAGAAGAUCCUGCUCUCACAUCGCUAUGCCCGCAAUCUAAUCAAAUACGAUCCCCAAGCAAAAUCUCUUUGUUUAUUUUUCCAACGUCCUCUGUGUAGAAGAUAUGUUUCUUAUUUUCAGAGUUUGAUCACUCAUGUGUAA